UGCUAGAAUUCUGCAACAGCUGAUUUUGACACAUCACCAAUUUGCCGCACAAAAAGUGUUUAGGUUUUUUUCUCCGGAUAAAAAUGUUGUUCCCUCUCGCAAUAAAUACUGUUCUUUCUGUGAUUGCAUUCAUUGCAACAAAUCAUCUAAUUCCCAAUCUCAAGGAUAUGUUUAUAAAAGCAAAUGUCUUUGGGAUAGACAUGAGUAAAAGGGAUAAAGUUAAAAUUCCGGAAUCCAUGGGAGUGGUCACGGGAUCGAUGUACCUGGUGGUAUCCUUCCUCUUCAUCCCAUUCCCAUUCACAGAACACAUUUUAAGUGACUCAAAAGGUGCUCAAUUCCCUCACAAUGAAUUUGUUGAGUUGAUCUCUGCCCUCCUCUCGAUCUGCUGCAUGAUUCUGCUGGGAUUUGCAGAUGAUGUGCUGGAUCUGAGAUGGAGAAUAAAGCUCCUACUGCCCACAAUUGCCUCCUUGCCUCUUCUUAUGGUGUACUAUGUGAAUUUCAACUCAACGACCGUGAUAAUGCCAAAUAUUGUGCGCCAAUUUGUUGGGCAUUCCCUCAACAUUGGCUUCCUGUACUACAUCUACAUGGGAAUGCUGGCUGUCUUCUGCACCAAUGCCAUCAAUAUCCUGGCUGGCAUCAAUGGCCUCGAAGUCGGACAGUCUCUCAUCAUUGCCCUGUCCAUUGUCACAUUCAACUUCGUGGAGAUUUUCCUAGGCAGAGGAGAUCAGUGCCAUCCGUUCUCCCUCUACAUGCUCCUGCCCUACAUUGGCACAACUUAUGCUCUCUGGCUCCACAAUAAAUAUCCCUCAAAGGUGUUCGUGGGCGACACCUUUUGCUACUUUUCCGGAAUGACAUUUGCUGUUGUGGCAAUUCUGGGGCAUUUUAGCAAAACCGUUUUGCUCUUCUUCAUUCCCCAAGUCAUCAAUUUCCUGUACUCUGUGCCUCAGCUCUUCCACUUCAUCCCGUGCCCCCGGCAUCGUCUGCCAAAGUACAAUCCCUCAACGGACAAUCUCGAAGUCAGCCAGACGACAUUUCGCUACCACGAACUCCAUCCUCUGGGCAAGGUGGCCGUGAGUAUCUUCAGGCAUCUGCGACUGAUUAAAUGGGAGGAAAAAGACUCAAUUGUCACGACCAAUAAUUUCACGCUGAUCAAUUUUGUCAUCCUGAAAUGUGGCUCAAUGCGUGAAGAUCGAGUGACGUGGAUUUUGAUGGGUAUUCAGGUGCUUUGCACAGGUGUUGCCUUUAUGAUACGCUAUCCUCUGGCUGGAUAUUUUUACAAUUAUUAAAAGAAAAAAAAGUACCACUGGAAUUUAAUUGUAAUUUUUAUUCAUUUUUCUAUUUACUGUAAGAGCUACAAAAGCCAAAGAUUUGUUGGGAAAUCGGACAUUUGUUUUUCACAUAAAUAAUUAAAUAGCGUUGAGAAAUUCAUUGAGAAAA